AUGACUCCAUUCAUAGCAAUGUUUGGCCAUGAGCCUCGCCAUUGGGGCAUCACUGCCACCUCGUCUUGCUCAGUUCCCGCUCUCCAGACCUGGCUGGAUGAACGUGCCACGAUUCAGGAUUUGCUCCAGCAACAUCUUCAGCGAGCUCGCCUGCGCAUGAAACAACAGGCAGACAAGAAACGCUCAGAGCGUGUUUUUGAGAUCGGCGACAAGGUUUACUUGAAGCUACAGCCGUACGUGCAAACAUCGGUGGCCAAACGAGCCAACCACAAGCUCUCCUUCCGCUACUAUGGGCCGUACUCCAUCAUCGCCAAGAUCAAUCCGGUGGCCUACAAAUUGGAACUCCCAGCUAACGCAACAGUUCACCCAGUUUUCCAUGUAUCUCUGCUAAGGAAGGCUCUGCUGCCAGGUACGCCAAUUCAACAACAGCUUCCUACCACCACUGAUGUGCCUGGAAGCCCAGUCCAGGUUUUGGCGUCGCGCUGGCGUCGCAAACAGGGUGCCAUGGUUGAACAGAUCCUUGUUCGGUGGUCCGAUCCUGCAUCACUCAGCGACACUUGGGAAGACAAAGAAGAACUCCAAGCUCGUUUCCCUGUUGCAUAG